AUGGAUCUGAUGGAUCUCGGUACGGCCGCCGCCGCCCUGGCAGGAGGCGCAACAGUGGCAGCAUACCUGAACGCGAAAUUCCAUAUCAAGAAAGACAUUUCAUCUGUACUCAGCGCUAAAAAAGGCGAACGCCAAUAUGCACAAGCGGUGCAAAAAGGCCGCGGGAAUCCUUGGUAUGUAUUCUUAGACACAGUGCAGAGAUACCCCGACAUGGUCUGCCUAUGGACUCGAGAAAGGUCAUACACCUACCGCGAAGUCCAAGAACAAGCCUGCCAAUACGCCCAUUUUUUCCUAUCCCAAGGCGUGGAGAAAGGCGAUCUGGUCGGCUUCUACCUGCAGAACCGAGCCGAGUUCAUCAUCGCCUGGAUCGCUACAUGGAGUAUUGGUUGCGCCCCUGCUGCGAUUAAUUACAACCUGACUGGCGAUGCACUGGUGCACUGUCUCAAGAUUAGCGGAACCAAACUCACCCUCGUUGAUGAGGAUGAGACAUGUCGCACCCGUGUGGCUGAAUGCGAAGGUAUACUGGCAGGCGAGCUGGGCAUGAAACUAUUAACCCUAGACGGCUCCCUUAAGGCGCAAAUUCGGAUCAUGCCGGCCAGCUUGCCGCCUGCGGAUCUCGCAAAGAACAUGGCGGGCGAAUUCCCCGCGAUCUUGCUCUACACGUCGGGAACAACAGGCAUGCCCAAGGGCUGUGCGUUCACCAUGGCUCGGAUCUACACGACGCUUUUCAUCCGUCGUGAUAUGAUGAGUGAUAAGAAUGGCCCUGACGGUGACCGUUGGUACAGCUGCAUGCCUCUAUACCACGGCACUGCAGCUAUCAGUCUAAUUGCUUGUCUGACAAUGGGCGUCAGUAUCGCCCUGGGGCCCAAAUUCAGCGUUCGCAAUUUCUGGAAAGAUGUGCGAGAUUCCGAGUCUACCAUAUUCGUCUAUGUCGGCGAGACAGCUCGUUACCUUCUCGCAUCGCCUCCAUCAGCCGAGGAUAAAAAUCACAAAGUGCGUUGCAUGUAUGGUAACGGCCUUCGUCCUGAUGUCUGGGAAGCAUUCCGCGCGAGAUUUGGUGUUCCUGAGGUCGGUGAAUUCUUCAACAGCACAGAGGGUAUUUUCGGGCUGUUCAAUUACAACUGUGGUCCCUUCACCGCUGGUAGUGUCGGACACCAUGGUCUCUUGAUGCGUGGCCUGCUUCAUAACACAUUCAUCCCCAUCGCCAUUGACCCCGAAACCGGAGAUGCGCUCAGAGAUCCCAAGACUGGCCUUGCCGUUCGCGCAAGUUACGAAGAAGGCGGCGAGAUCAUCGUUCACAUCCCCGAUGAGAAGGCUUUCCAGGGCUAUUGGCGCAACGACUCCGCGACUGAGAAGAAAUUCCUCCGCGACGUCUUCAAGAAAGGCGAUAUCUAUUAUCGCUCCGGCGAUGCUCUCCGCCGCCAACCUGAUGGCCGUUGGUACUUCCUCGACCGUCUCGGCGACACAUUCCGGUGGAAGAGCGAGAACGUAGCAACUGCUGAAGUCGCCGAAGUAAUCGGCCAAUUCCCUGGCAUCGCCGAGGCAAAUGUCUACGGCGUCAAACUCCCCAACCACGAAGGUCGAGCCGGCUGUGCCGCUCUCCAGAUCACUCCCGAAGCACGCCAGGGCUUUGACUUUGCGGCACUUGCGCGCUUUGCUCGGUCCAAGCUCCCGCGAUACGCCGUCCCGGUCUUCCUGCGCGUCGUCGACACCUCAUCGCAUAUCCACAACCACAAGCAGAAUAAGGUCCCCCUUCGCGACGAGGGUGUAGAUCCAGCGCUUAUUGGAACUAAGGUCCCCGAUGGAAAAAGCAAUCAGUUCCUCUGGAUUGCGCCCGGUGAGCAAGAUUACACCUCCUUUGGGAAAGAAGAGUGGGAAAGGAUCGCUAGUGGAAAUACGAGAUUGUAG